AUGGGAGAUAAUAACAAUGUCAACCUUCCACCCGGGUUUCGUUUUCAUCCCACAGAUGAAGAACUUGUAGUCCAUUUCCUUCAUAGAAAGGCAUCACUUUUACCUUGCCACCCAGAUGUCAUUCCUGAUCUUGAGCUCUACUCAUAUGAUCCAUGGGAACUUGAUGGUAGAGCUUUGGCAGAGGGAAAACAAUGGUACUACUAUAGCAGAAGGACACAAAAUAGGAUCACUGACAAUGGGUAUUGGAAACCAACAGGAAUGGAAGAACCAAUUGUUACAACCACAAACAACAAGAGAGUUGGCAUGAAGAAAUGUUUUGUGUUCCAUGUCGGAGAAGCACCUUCUGGUAUCAAAACCAAUUGGAUAAUGCAAGAAUAUCGUCUACCAGAUUCUGCUUCUUCCUCUAGCAGAUCAUCCAAAAGAAAAUCACAACCAAAAACAGAUUAUAAUAAAUGGGUGAUAUGUCGUGUUUAUGAGCGGAAUGGAGAUGAUGAUGAUGGAACAGAGCUCUCUUGUUUGGAUGAAGUUUUCUUGUCAUUGGACGAUCUUGACGAAAUAAGCUUACCGAAUUAUAACUAG